AAAUACAACGACACGAGAAAAGAUCACACUAUUAAGGAAUCAACUACGGUUCACAUUUCCUCCUCUCGUCGUUCAUGCACGAGACAACCAACCAAUCCCUUCUCACUUUCAUAACCCGCUCAUAACCGAAGUCAAUAAAUUAAAUACAGUAUUAGAAGUCGACCCAGCAAAAGUCGACGCGGAAGUCGCAAAACAUAACAGAGACAAACUCAUUGAAAUCAUUAACGAAUUCAUUUUUGGUAAGUUCGAAGACAUUGCAAAGAUGGUAAGUCCUGCAUCGCAAUUCAUUUUCAAUUGCAUCAGACAUGAAGUCGAAAAAAAGUGGCCCGAGUCUGGUCUUGUCGCUGUUGGAGGCAUUUUCUUCUUGCGACUGAUCAAUCCUGCGGUUGUGACUCCACAGAGAUUUGGGGAGGGAAUGGUGAAGCCGAAUGACAACGGAAGGAGGACAUUAAUACUUCUCUCUAAAGUGAUACUGGCAAUUGCAAACCAAUCAUUAGAACCAUUUAACGAAAUCUUUAUGCAACAGUUCAACGAAUUUGUUGUACCGCGGUACAAAGAUGUCAAUCUCUUUUUGGACAAGAUUAGUCAACCAUGCGAUAUCCCAACAACACCAAAAGCUGACAAAGAAGAGGUCCUUACACGUACACUCCCAAUUAUAGUGAAAGGGAUUUGUGGGUUUAAAACCGCUUACCUCCAAGAAUUCUUCGACUACCUUGAGAAACAAAAGGGAAUGAAACAACAGUUCAUCGACUCACUUAAGGAUUAG